GCUCCCGGGCGGGUUCCGUGGACGUUGGCAGCAGCGCCGAGCGAGUCACGGACCAUGAGGAGCGUUCGGCCCGCGCGGCCCGAGGCCUGGACGGGGGCUGGCCGCGUCCUGCCGCGCUGAGGGGGAGGCCAACAGGGGCGCGGGCGGCCGGUCCCCGCCAGAGCGCGCCGCGAUGGCGAGGGAGGAGUGCAAGGCGCUGCUGGACGGGCUCAACAAGACGACCGCGUGCUACCACCACCUGGUGCUGACCGUCGGCGGCUCGGCGGACUCGCAGAACCUGCGGCAGGAGCUGCAAAAGACGCGCCAGAAAGCGCAGGAGCUGGCAGUGGCCACCUGCUCCCGGCUGACUGCCGUGCUCCGCGACCGGAGCCUGGCCGCCGACGAGCGCGCGGAGUUCGAGCGGCUCUGGGUGGCCUUCUCGGGCUGCCUGGACCUGCUGGAAGCGGACAUGCGACGCGCGCUGGACCUGGGCGCCGCGUUCCCGCUGCACGCACCGCGGCGGCCGCUGGUGUGCACGGGCGUGGCGGGCGCCUCCUCCGGCGUGGCGGCGCGCGCGCUGAGCACCCGCAGCCUGCGGCUCGAGGCGGAGGGCGACUUCGACGUCGCGGACCUGCGCGAGCUGGAGCGCGAGGUCCUUCAGGUGGGCGAGAUGAUCGACAACAUGGAGAUGAAAGUCAACGUGCCCCGCUGGACCGUGCAAGCCCGGCAGGCGCCUGGCGCCGAGCUCCUGUCCACGGUCGGCGCCGGCCCCUCCUCGGUUGUGUCGGUGGAGGAGCGCCAAGGGGGCUUCGACCCCAGGAAGGCCCUGGCCGCCAUCCUUUUCGCCGCCGUGCUGCUGGCGGCUGUGGCCCUAGCCGUGUGCGUGGCGAAGCUGAGCUGA